AUGAAGGUCGCAGCCGUCAUCGCCUCCGCUCUUGUCUCCGCCGGACUCGGCUCCGCCGUCCCGGUCGAUCCCCGCUUCCCCGACACAGGCCCCUUCAAGAUGAUCGUCCUGGCGUACGAGCAGCCGAUCCACUACAGCUACGUCAAGGCGUCCGGCGGUUUCUUCUACAUCGGCAAGGAGACCAACUCCACAUGCGGUGAUGUCGAGCCGGUGCUCGAUGGUCCCAACAGCGCGGGCGCGCUAAACACGUAUGGAGAUGGAACGCAGGCUACGCAGCAGACCUACAUCGACAUCUCCGGCGCCGCUGGAGGCAUCUUCUCCUACCUCGGGCCUCUGUACAACUCUAUCACAUUUGACCACGUGACUGACAAGUUCACCCGCGUGGCUGGUCCGGACAUCUCGCAGCUGUAUUACGACGGUGGCAACUGGCUGGCUUGCCCGACGCAGACCUAUGGCGAAUAUAUUGUUUAUGCAGACAAGGCGUAUGGCCACGAAGUUGGUAAGGAAAACUGCAUUCCUUUCGAGAUUCGUACGGAUAAGGUGGAUGAGCCGCAGGCUUGCAAGUACUUGUAG